AAGAAUACCGUCCGCGUGGACACCGCCGCCAUUGAUGAGGCCCUCGAUUUGGACGCGAGCAAAGGGAAUGGCUGUUAUCCUCGCCAUCGCAUUUCUAAAUUGGAGCGCCUUCAUGAGCUGGCUCUUCUGAGUUCAGUUGUACUAUCAGAACUACUUGUCACUCACACCGAUACGAACUAUGGUCCGGCUCAUUCCAAUGUUCAUUUUCGGCUUUUUUUGUAACAUUUUCGUUGCAAUGGUCGUGGCCAGAUUGCCUUUGGUCAUCUUUGCAGUCAGCGGAACGUUAUUGACAGCAUCUGCUGGGAUCUUAUUUGCGCUGAUUGACCCGUCCGCAACCUACUGGGCCUUUGGCUUCCCGUUCACAGUUCUCGUCGUGUUUGUUUGUGAUUUUGUCUACUCCUCUGGCACACUUUUUAUCGCCCAAAAUGCGCUCCCAUAUGAGCAGAGCGUGGCCGGAGCAUUGUUUCAAACUAUGACACAGGUAAGUGCCUGUAAAGUAGCUACAAAUGUUCUGUUCUAAGGUCAAUUUCUUCCGCCACGAAUUUUCAAUUAAAUCACCUUUGCCACAAACUGCGAGUCCUAUGCUAGUGUGAAAGCGAGCUAAGACCUUAAAUAUGUAGCAGUGGUGAAGGGGAAUAAAAAU